AUGCUGACCGAGAUCCAGUACCUCAGCUCUCGCUUCGAAGGCUCCGAGCAGGAGAAGUACUUUGGCCCCAUUGUGGUGGACUACAGCAAGGUCCAGUCCAGGGUCAAGGCCAAGUACGACCAGUGGCACCGUGACCUUCUGAAUUCCUUCGGCGAGAAGGCUAAUAAUAGGUAUAAAAUCUACCAAAAUCUUGUCCUCUCCCAGGGCAGGGAGCGUCUGGAAGCCGUCGAUGGCAGCGGCGACCUCACGGUGGUCUGCAUGGCAGUGCUGAAGGUGAAAACCAGCGCCGAGAAAUGGAGCCCAGAGUUUGAAGAGCUGCAGAAGGCGCAGAAGCUGCUUGUGAAGCAGCGAUUCCAGUUUCCGGAGGAUUGGAUGCACAUCGAGCAAGUGCAGGGUGAGUGGGAGGCAUUCGAACAAAUCCUAACCCGACGCAACCGGAUACUUGACCAUGAACUACCGAAGCUUCGAUCGGUGUUGGUCCAGAAAGACAAGCAGCUGGAGGAAAGCAUCACUCAGCUCUAUGCAGAAUGGUCCAGCCAGAAACCGGUUCAGGGUGGCUUAAAGCCAACCGCAGCCAUGCAAGCAAUUAAGGACUUUGAUGAGCGCCUCUUGAUGCUCCGGGAACAGCACAGCCAGCUCGUGCAACUGAAGAAGUCCUUGCAGAUGGAGGUGGGUGACGUGGAAGCAUUGGCACCGUUGCAGGAGGAAAUGGGAAACUUGAAGGAUGUGUGGUCCGAGAUCAAUACGGUGCACAGCCGAGUGGAGACGUUGAAGGAGACUUUGUGGACUGCAGUGGAGCCCAAGCGCAUCAAGCACGCAUUGGAGGUCGCGACAGAUCGCUUGCGCAAAUCGGACUUCUGCUUCCACUUUGCAGGACCUGCUUUCGAAUAUGAAGCAGAUGGACCGGCGGCUGCAGCAGUACGAGGUCAGACUCCAGAUGAAGAGUCGAGGAUUCAAGAUCUUCGUGUAGUCGGUGGCGUCUGUGGAGGGGGAAUCGGGAAAGUUGGAAAGCUCUCCAUUCCUACAGCUGCCUUUGUUCUCGAAGGCAUUCGACCACAUCCAGGAGCAACUUCAGGCUCAAAUAAAGCUGAACCAGGCGCCGAGCAUUGUGCUUCGGGUACAACGGAAGCUUUUGCUUCGUCUUGA